AUGUCUGUAUACACAGAGAAGUUCCUGGUGAUUGGCCCCAUGAACCCCAUUGUGGCAGUGCUGGGUGGGGACAUCAAACUGUCCUGUUUCUUGUCCCCUGUCAUGAAUGCGGAGAACAUGGAGCUGCGGUGGUUCCGGUCCAACUUCUCAGAAGCAGUGUUCAUCUAUGAGAACCAGCGGGAGCAGAAGGAGAAGCAGAUGCUACAAUACAAAGGGCGGACCUCGCUGGUGAGAGACUUCCUCACUCAGGGGGAGGCGUCUGUACGCAUCGACAAGGUUCGGGCUUCUGACAAUGGGCUGUACACCUGCUUCUUCAGGAGUGGAGAUUUCCAUGAAGAUGCCACUUUGGAGGUGAAGGUAGCAGGUGUGGGAUCUGACCCUCAAGUGUACAUUGACGGACCAGAGGAAGAUGGAAUCCGCAUGGUGUGCAUGGCUUCUGGGUGGUUUCCGAAGCCCCUGGUUAAGUGGAAAGACCCGAGUAGAGAGAAGUUCCUGGCUUUCUCUGAGUCCUAUGCUCAAGAUGCUGAGGGACUGUUCAGUGUGGCGGCCUCGCUGGUGGUGAGAGACAGCUCUGUAAGGAACGUGACCUGCUCCAUCCUCAACCCCAUCCUGGGUCAGGAGAAGGUGAAGGCCAUUUUCAUCCCAGAGCCCUUUUUCCCACAGGUCUCUCCGUGGAUGCCAACUUUUGUGGUGAGCCUGACCAUACUGAUGCUCCUCAGCUUAGGGGCUGGCUAUUUUCUCAAGAAAGAACAUUCAACAAAGGUGCAGGAGUGGAAGAAUCAGGAGGAUCUUCAGCAGAAAAAGGGGGAGGACAAGAAGGACUUGGAGUUGGCCAGGAAGGAGGCAGAUGAACUACAGAGAGAGCUGAAGUGGCGGAAGGAGCAAUUCGAGACUUGGUCUGUCACUCUGGAUCCACAGUCUGCCCAUUCCAACCUUGCCCUCUCUCAGGAAAACAUGAGUAUGAGCCGGAAGGACAACUGUGAGGACCUGACUGAUGACAGCUGCAGUGUGUUGGGCACCAAGGGUAUCACAUCAGGGCGAUGUUACUGGGAAGUGGAAGUCAGAGAUGGAGACACAAAUGAGUGGGCUGUGGGGGUUUGUAGGGAAGAUGUGAAUAGGGAUGGGUGGUUCAAAGAGAGCCCAGAAAAGGGCUUUUGGGUUGUGGGAAACUUUUCAGAUGGAUUUUGUGCCUGUAAUAACCCUGAUACAUUACUAACUCUUAGACAGAUUCCCUGCCAAGUGGGGGUUUUCCUGGACUACGAUGGUGGGGAUGUCUCCUUCUACAUGACUGAUGGGUCUCAUAUUUUCUCAUUCUCUCAGGUUUCUUUCUCUGGGACCCUCUUUCCAUAUUUCAUGAUUAUGUCAGGAACCCCAUGCCUCACUAUCUGUUACAUGGGAUUGAAUCUCCAUUACUCCCCUCUGGCCCCAGGGUUGUGCCCUCAUAAGGAUCUGUCUUUGUCCGGGUCCCCUUACGAUGGCUCUGUUUGGAGCUUCAGACUCCCUAAAGUGAAAGACUUUGAGGCUAAGAUUCUGUGA